ACAAUUCCUCUUUUUCAUACAGUAGUCCCAGGAUUUUUCAUGUCCCCCUUUUUCAUUUUGGUAAUUUUGUAUAAAUGUUCUACCAACUACGUUCAGAAUCAGACCAAGUCUUCUCUCUGUAGCCGUCAGAAGUUAUAACAACUACUUCAAAUCCCCACAAAUUAAUUUCUUGAAUUGCAAAGCUUCAAUCUUUCUGGGUUUUGCAAAAAGGAUAUAUAAUUGUCGAAAAGAAUUUCGAGCGGCGACCUGGUAGAUUGUAGAGUUUCCUAUUCAAGUGACAACAGAUCUCUGAUUUAGCUUAAAGAAAUUUAAGAUGCUCCCACUGCCUACAUAUAUAAAGAUAUCAAAGCAUGGUUAACAAAACUGAGUUAGCCAUCAUAUGCACCUUUGCUGGAGUAGUAAUUGGCAUUUUCAUAUCAUCAGUGGUAUUUUUCUGUUUUAGAUGGUACAAAAGGCGCUCAGAUUUUGAGAAUCAUAAUACAGAAAAUCGCCCUGUCCGCAAUAUUGGCAAUGGCGUGGGACUCGACUCUAGUGCCUCGUUUUCAGAUUCUGUUGUUGUCCCUCUACCAGAUCUCCCAGCCAAGAGCUUACCACCCUUAUGGUUGAAUCAUCAUAAUAAAGAUCGAACAACUUCAGUGUCUGGAAUACCAAAAUACUUAUACAAGGACAUUCAGAAGGCUACUCAGAAUUUCACAACCAUACUGGGAGAGGGAUCAUUUGGCCCGGUAUACAAGGCAACAAUGCCAGUAGGUGGAGUGGUGGCAGUCAAAGUAUUAGCAUCCAACUCGAGGCAGGGCGAGAAAGAGUUCCAGACCGAGGUAUCUUUAUUAGGUAGACUGCAUCACCGAAACCUAGUGAAUUUGGUGGGCUACUGUGUGGAUAAAGGGCAACACAUGUUAAUUUAUGAGUACAUGAGCAAUGGCAGUUUGGAAAAAAGAUUAUACAGUGAAGAUGACACAUUGACUUGGGACGAGAGGCUUCAAAUAGCUCUGGAUAUAUCGCAUGGGAUUGAGUAUCUUCAUGAGGGGGCAGUUCCACCAGUUGUACAUCGGGACUUGAAGAGUGCUAAUAUACUACUGGAUCACUCAAUGAGAGCAAAGGUAGCUGAUUUUGGGCUAUCUAAGGAAGAGGUUUUUGAUGGGCGUAAAUCUAGCCUGAAAGGUACAUAUGGCUACAUGGAUCCUGCAUAUAUCUCAACGAGCAAGUCCAGUUUAAAGAGUGACAUCUACAGCUUAGGAAUUAUCUUUUUUGAGCUCAUAACUGCCAUACAUCCACACAAAAACUUGAUGGAUUAUGUCAAUCUAGCAACAAUGGACCCAGAUGGAGGAAUUGACGAAAUACUUGACAAACGACUAAUGGGGAAAUGCAACUCAGAAGAAGCAAAGAUUUUGGCUAAAAUUGCUUUCAAAUGUUUACACAAGACACCAAGGAAGCGCCCUGGUAGUGCAGAAAUCUCUCAGGCUAUAGUAAAGAUAAAACAGAGACGUCUACCUAAAGUUGGAACUAUGUCUUUUGCCGGAGAUGAUCUUACCCGAUUAACAAGUGUGAUUGAAGACCAGCAAGUUCAGUUGAGUAAAAUUUUGAGCAGGAAUGACAAUUAACACUAGCAUUACGCUGUAAGGAUGAUCCUAUUUUUUGUUCCUUCUUUCCACAAAGCAACUGUAAAUAGUAAAUACCAUCGCUUAUGAUGUAGUUUGUAGACUACGAAAAGAAAAUUACAUUUAGAAGGAACAAAGAAUAUAAUGUCAAACUUAUCAUUACACAAAA